AUGGCGUCGACAGCGUGCUGCAACUGCUGCGUCCUUGGCAUCGGGGAUGAAGACAAAAGUCCAGGCGCAUCGCAUCCGCGGCGCUCCUCCUCCUCCUCCUCCUCCUCCUCCUCCCCGGGGCGCUUCCUGGCCGGGGAGGCGGCGCGCUUUCGCUUUCCGUCUCGCCCUCCGCCGCCGCCGCAGGGCAGUCCUGGGUUGCCGUCCGGGCAAUGCACAGAAUCCAAGUGUGAAUGCCUGGGGGUAGCUGGAAGGAGCCCCGCGCUGUGGGCAGCAAGACAGUGCCUCCGAGAAAUGGACAAAUCCCCAUCGUGGUUCCCGAAGCUGCCCGCCUGGAAAGACGCAGUAGAAGAAGGCCAGCCGAUCGUGCAGAAGGACCAGUGUGCUGAGAAGGACGAGUCUUGCUACGGCAGCAUCAAUGGCGGAGAGACUGCCGACGUCUCCUGUGUGCCAUGUCCCAGCUUCUCCAGCCGGGGCUCCGUCACCUGCCCGACCUGCCAGGGCACCGGCAGGAUUCCUCGAGAGCAAGAACAGCAGCUUGUGGCCCUCAUUCCAUAUGGGGACCAGCGGUUGAAGCCCAGGCGGACGAAGCUGUAUGUCACCAUCACGGUGGCCCUGUGCCUGCUGAUAACGUGUCUCAUGAUGUACUUCCUGUUCCCGCGCUCCAUCGCAGUGGUCCCAGCAGGGCUCAGUGCCUCUGCCGUCUCCUUCGACAACUCCUCUUACAGCAUCAUCCUCAACAUGACUAAUAUGCUGAACGUCACAAACAACAACUUCUACACGGUGCAUGUGGCUCAGUUGGACAUCGAAGUUUUGCACAAGACCCUGGUUAUUGGGAAGAGUACGGCAAUGACCCACCUAGAUAUCCAGCCCCUGCAAGGUGCUCAGAUUCUUUACACCGUCUCCAGUACCAUUAUGGACAAUAAUACUUACAACAUCUGCACGUGGUCCAGGAUAAAGGUUCACAAUGUUCUUCUGCACAUUCAGGGUACCCUGACAUGCUCCUACCUCUCUCACUCGGAGCAGCUGGCCUUUGAGAACUACCAGUAUGUGGACUGUCGGGGCAAUGCCACGCUUCCUCGGCUGUCCAGAUCUCAGAGGUCUCUGCAGCAGUCAUGAAGCCAUGGAGGAGCCCU